AUGGUACACGUUAAUAUUGUAAAUUUUGCAUUUAUAUAUCAAGGCAAUCAACAAUCAAAUUGUUUAACAUUCGAUCCGUCAGGUUCAACAUCAGGCCAAGAUGCUCAAAAUGAUUCAACAUUAUAUGACAUAUGUUGUAGUCAACAACAAUCACUUCGAUGCCCACCUAAUUAUAUUAUUGAUAGAAUAAUAGCUGAUAAUGCAGCUAAAUCAGAUGAAAAUAUUGGUACAGGUGCAUGUAUUUAUGAUGUAAAUGAUUGUUUUCAAAAUGAUGCAUCAACUAUUCAAAAUAUAUGUGUUGGUAGACCAUCAUUUAUAGCAUAUCAUUUUUCUAAAACUUUAGAAACACAUCAAAAUCGACCAUCAGCUUAUUUAUAUAUUGAUUAUAAAUGUAUACCGAAUGUUGUUUCUGGUAUAACUACAUAUAACAUAUGUAAUAAUAAUUUUUAUUUAAUUUACAAAUAUAAAAAACCAAAUCAAGAUAUUUAUCUUUAUAUAGUUGAUAUGGAUUGA